AGGGACCUACCUGACCCCAGCCAUAGGGACCUACCUGACCCCAGCAAUAGAAACCUACCUGACCCCAGCCACAGGGACCUACCUGACCCCAGCCACAGGAACCUACCUCACCCCCACCCCCACAGUGACCUACCUAAUCCCAGCCACAGGGACCUACUCUCACCCCCAGACCUACCUAACCCCAGCCACAGGAACCUACCUGACCCAGCCAGGGAACUACCUUACUCCCUCCCACAGGACCCACUUACCCCCAGCCACAGGGACCUACCUGACCCCAGCCACACUGACCUACCUGACCCCAGCCACAGGGACCUACCUGACCCCAGCCACAGGGACCUACCUGACCCCAGCCACAGGGACCUUCCUAACCCCAGCCACAGGGACCUUCCUAACCCCAGCCACAGGGACCUACCUAACCCCAGCCACAGGGACCUACCUGACCCCAGCCACAGGGACCCACCUCACCCCUCCACAGGGACCUAACCUGACCCCAGCCACAGUGACCUACCUGACCCCAGCCACAGUGACCUACCUUACCCCAGCCACAGGGACCUACCUGACCCCAGCCACAAGAACCUACCUCACCCCAGCCAGGACCUACCCACCCCAGCCAUGGGACUACCUGACCCCAGCCAUAGAAACCUACCUGACCCCAGCCAGGGACCUACCUGACCCCAGCCAUAGGGACCUACCUGACCCUGCAGCCAUAGGAACCUACCUGACCCCAGCCAUAGAAACCUACCUGACCCCAGCCACAGGGACCUACCUGACCCCAGCCAGAGGGACCUACCUGACCCCAGCCAUAGGGACCUACCUGACCCCAGCAAUAGAAACCUACCUGACCCCAGCCACAGGGACCUACCUGACCCCAGCCACAGGAACCUACCUCACCCCCCGGCCACACAGUGACCUACCUAAUCCCAGCCACAGGGACCUACCUCACCCCCCCCUGUGACCUACCUAACCCCAGCCACAGGAACCUACCUGACCCAGCCACAGGGAACUACCUUACUCCCCCUCCCACAGGGACCUACCUUACCCCAGCCACAGGGACCUACCUAACCCCAGCCACACUGACCUACCUAACCCCAGCCACAGGGACCUACCUGACCCCAGCCACAGGGACCUACCUGACCCCAGCCACAGGGACCUUCCUAACCCCAGCCACAGGGACCUACCUGACCCCAACCACAGGGACCUACCUGACCCCAACCACAGGGACCUACCUGACCCCAACCACAGGGACCUACUCUGACCCCAGCCACAGGGACCUACCUAACCUGACCCUGCAGCCACAGCAGACUCCACCUGACCCCAGCCACA